GACACGGUAUGCCAAUUUAAUGCUCAUUGGACUGUACGGGUCGUUUGGAUGUAUCAUUUUGGUUCUAUGGUAUUUUGGUAUGUGGCAAAUCAGCUUGGAAUGUGUUGACUCUAAUUGUAUUGUUUGGAUAGAACAUUCACGUGUUAUGGUAUUUCACCACUUGAAGAAUGAAGGAGCAAGUGUGAGAAACCCACUUCUUAGGGCUUUUAGGGACUGAUCUUCGGCACCCGCGAUUACUUGUAACAAAUAGGGAUUUAGGGUUGAGAUUAGGGAUUUAGAUGAGAAAGAACAUAAUAGAAUUGGGAAUCGGCCGAAGCCUUGGAUUGGUUGAUAAUAGAAAUUAGGAGUUGAGAGGAUAAACUAGGGUUUAGAAGAUUCUUCUUCAUAUUCUUCUUGACUUAUUAUGACGUAAACCCCAAGUACAUAUUUAUAGGGAUAAUACGAGAAAACCCUAAUAAUAUAAUCCUAAUUCGACUAUAUCUCUACUAACCAUAAUUAUAAUUAUCCUACCUAAUAUAAUAAUAGAAAGCCCAAAUAAAUGUGUUUCUGACAAUACAUCCCCCUUGAAAACAACCUUGACCUCAAGGUUGUAGUUGACUUCUACCUCCUUGACCUUCCGCUUUCUUCGUUUCCAAUUGCGCUCGAUCCCUUGAAUGAACUCUUCUCGCGCAACUCCCACUUUCCUUGUCUCUUUUCCACCCACGUGACAUGUGCCACGUUCUUCAUAGCCGAACAAUCCGCCCUCUUCCUUUUCGAAAUCAACGAAAUAAGAAUCGGAGAAUUGUUCUUCCUUGCGCUCAUCAUUAACCACUUUAAAAUAUUCCGGGGUCGUUUGGAUGAGGAAUUCUAAUGGAUCAAUCUGACACAAUUGUCUCGUUUUGAGUCAAUUGUGCUAGAUUGAUCCGUUUGGCAGCAGAAAAUUUGGAUGAAGCAAUUUGGGCUGGGGAAUUCUGAAUUGACUCAUUUUGAGCCAAUUACAAUUGUCUGGGGUGGGGGCAGGUAAUCUGAAUUGACUCGUUUUAAAUGACUCGUUUUGUAAAAUGAAACAAUUGGUCAAACUGUCUCGUUUUACAAUUGAUCCAUCCAAACGACCCCUCAAUGAAUUGCGCAAGUGAUUCUACCAAGUGCUUGGAGGUGUAGACGAACUGCUCCCAACUUCCUUUUCCAUCUCCCUUGGUUCGGCCCACAAUAACUUGAAAGAAAGAAUUAUGGCUCAAACCAAUUUGAAGCUCUUCUGCCCUCUUCUUCCUUUCAUUUUCGUUUGGGCUUGGCUCCUCGAAAAGCCAACUUAAUAAGCCCAUGUUAUCUUCUUUCUUUUCUUUCAAGUUGACCCACUUCAAAAGACAACUCCUGUUGGGCUCUAUUUCUUCCAAUCUUGGCCCACAACCAUACAAGAGAGACCUAAGCAGUGGGCUCCUCUGAAGCCCAAUUCCUCCCUUGAAUCUUGACCCACUCCGCUGGUACAAAGAGAGACCAGCGCCCCUCUUCUCACAAUCCAGCCGAUGGCCCAUGUUAGUUGGGCCUGCCUACCUCCCUCGGCCCAACCAACAAAGCUUCUCUGGCCUAGGGUUAGCAGCGGCCAUCCCUUGGCCCACUCCCCUUUGCAGCUUCUGGUGUUCGUGGGAAGGGAAGAGAAGUUGUUCGUAUUAGAGCAGCAGGGUAUCGCCGCCGCCGCCGCCGUGUACAGCUUCCUUCUUCCUCGACUCCUUCUCUGGCUGCACUACUCGCCGAUCACGAGGCCAGUUCGACCCCGCCGCCUUAUUCAGCUCAACCCCGUACACUGACAAUGAUGGAAACCAACUUCAUUAGGGUUUCUGGGUUUUGAGCCCAACAUGAUCUGGGUUUUGAAGAAGGAAAAAGAAAAUGGGUUCAUUGAGUUGCAAUAUGGCCUUCUUAAAGAACAUAGCCCAAAGGUAGGUGGAGAAGCAACAAAUCAAGUGAGUUGGUUUCAAGGGAGAUUUUUAAGGGCUUUGACGAGUUGGUAUUUAAGGAUAAGUUCUUGUGCAAUAAAAUACCCUUGAAUUGUUUAAGUGACUUGACUAUGAUGCCAACAAAAGAGGAGUUGUUGAAGUUCGAAAUUAUCAAAGAAGCAAUUAGGGAGCCCAUGGAAGUGAAAGCCGAAGAAUUACAUCAACACGAGAAGGUCGGUUGAAGAAGCCCAAUUCAAAAGAUGGAGCAUGAUUGAAAGAAAAGGAAGCGCAAGAAGUAGAGGAGACAAGGCGUGAUUUACACGGGAGAUAGGAUGAAGAAAUGGGUCGAAUCAGU